GCGAAGACGUGCUGGUGUAUCAAGAGUCGAGCGCGCCCUCGGGGGAAAGCGGCUAUGCUGAAAUUUCGGCAUGUAACAUUCUUGCGCAACUAUCGUUUUGCUGCUUAAUAACGUCGGCACUGCAAAUUGAACGCGAGCCGUGCAAACGAGUGCAACAACCUUAUUCCUCAAGACAAAACCUUGCGUCACCAAGGGGGCCCAGAGCCACGUCGCCCUCGGUCAGGUUGCCACGAAAGCGGCAGCCACGGUAGCCGUGACGCCGCGCCAGCACCGCCUUUCCCGCGGUGGCCUUGUAUGUCCUAAGGCACGGAGGCUGCACAGGGCGGCGCAGGGCUGCCGUGGAGCAGGGGAGGGAAGCACAGAGCAGCACCGCCCCGGCAAGGUACACCUGUCGGCAGCAGCAGCAGCAACGCCAGCGGCAGUUUGGGUCGCAACCGCCGGCAUUGUACAGCUACGUCUGUCCGCGGCUUUACGUACGCGUGCGAAACAGCGCAGCAGUUGCAAUCAUAGGGGCGGCCGCAUGCCAGCCACGAUGGCCACACAGGUCGCCAAGGGCGGCAGUAGCGGCGGCGGCGGCGGCAGUAGCGGCGGCGGCGGCGGCAUGGAGGGGAAGUACUGCAUUGUGACUGGCGCCAACAGUGGCAUCGGGUUUGAGGUUACGCGCGGCCUCAUGCAGCGGGGCGCGCACGUGGUCAUGGCGUGCCGCAACACGGCCGCAUGCGAGGCGGCGGCGGAGCGACUGCGGGCGGAGGGCCUGCCCGGCAGCUGCGCCUGCCGCCGCCUGGACCUGGAGGACCACUCGUCCAUCCGCGCGUUCGCCGCCCAGCAAGCCGACGAGCUCGCCGCAGCAGCAGCUGGCCCUAGUGCUGGCGGCCGCUCUGGGGCUCCACAUGGCCGCAGCCAGGCGGCGGCUGGCCGCGGGCGCAUCGAUGUGCUCGUCAACAACGCGGGCGUAAUGGGCGUCGCGCCUGCGCCGGACGGCUCCGACCGCCACCUCACCGCCAACCACCUCGGGCCGUACCUGCUGACGCGGCUGCUGCUGCCGCACAUGACGGCGGCGCCGCCGCUGCCGUCGCCGGCGCCAGCGUGUGCCUCUGCCGCCACCGCCGCCUCCACCUCCGCCCAGGCCAAUGGGAGCGCUGCCGGCUCCGGUGACGCCAGCGGCUCAUCUGGAAAGGGGGAGGGCGCCGGGGCCGGGGACCGAGCGGCAGGAGCAGGAGCAGGGGCUGGAGGUGGCGGCGGCGGGCGUGUCGUGAACGUGGCCAGUCGAGCGCACUACGGCGGGCGGCUGGCGCUGGUGACGGGGCCGCCGGGGUCGGAAGCCAUUGCCAACGACAUCCGGCACUGGUGGUGGCAGUACGCCCGCUCCAAGCUCUGUAACGUGUUGUUCACAGCGGAGCUGCAGCGGCGGUACGGCGCCGGGGGCGGUGGUGGAAAAGAGGGAGGGGGAGGUGCAGGCGGGCGGUACGGCAUCACCGCGACCGCCGUGAGCCCGGGGCUGGUGGACACCGGCAUCUUCAGGUACCUGCUUCCGGAGUGGGCGCAGUGGCUCAAGGCGCCGCUCCGACCGCUUGGGCUGUUCAAGACGCCGGCGCAGGGCGCAGAGGUGGUAAUCUACGCCGCCAGCAGCCCCGACCUGGACGUGACGUCGUCCCUCACGCCGAGGGGCUCGGCGGGCGGUCACACCCCGCUGUUCUUACACGGCUGCCGCGAGAUGCAGCCCUCGGCGGCGGCCCGAGACCCCCGACUGGCGGCUGACCUGUGGCGCGUCAGCGCGGCCCUCGUGGGCCUGCCGGAGGAGGAUGCGCCCUGACGCCCCGCGACCCAACAACAACAACAAGUACGAAAAUAUAUAUAGCUCGACGGACGGCAGCCUUCCUGCUUGAGUGAUGCUGAGGCCUGCUGAGGCGAUGAAGUUGGCGAUAUUUAGGUGAUGCACAGCUGGCCUGCUGCCUACCAGCCAAGCGGUGAAGCGGCUAGCACUCGAGGCUGUGAGCCAGCCAGCCGACUUAUCGUUUGAACCGAUGGCAUGGAGUAAGGAAGGCACGAGGUGAUGAGAGAUGGGAAGUAAGGGCAUCAUCCAACGCCUUGAGCUUGUGGCUGAUGGAGCGAGCGCCAGCAUCGGACUGUGGGUUUCAUGCAAGGGUGUAGGGGGCGGGGUUGGGCGUGUCGGGAACUUUCUUGCGGAGAUUCUUCUGCAACUGUGCUGACGCUUCGGCAGCAUACAGGCUAGGCAUUGAUGAUUCAUCCAGUAAACCCCAUGUAGCCCUGUGCUGUUUUGGGCUGCAAUAUUUACCACAGUGCUCCGCGCAAGGGAGGAUGCGGCGUUGGGUUACCCAGUCAGCGGCAGCGCACUGGCAUCGGGGCUUCCUCGCUU